AUGGAAGGUUCAGGGUCAUUGUUGAAGCAAUUUAGUGUGAAGGAGGCUUGGAAAUCAACAUCAAGUAGGUGGGGUGGGAAGGACAAGGGGUGUGAGGCUAGUCUGAGCCAAAUGGAAGGUUUUGCCAUGUAUGGGAAUGAGGAUAAUGGGAUGGUGGGGAAAAAGAGAGUGAUGGUGGUGGUGGAUCACACUUCACAUUCCAAGCAUGCAAUGAUGUGGGCACUCACUCAUGUAGCUAAUAAGGGCGAUUUGCUCACUUUGCUUCUUGUUGUCCCUCCUCAUAGGGGUUCUGAAUCUUCUUGCUCUACCUAUCUAGUUAAUCAUCUUGGUUCCCUUUGCAAAGAUUGCAAGCCAGAGGUGGAAGUAGAAGCACUUGUAAUCCUAGGACCAAAACUGGCCACAGUGAUGAGUCAAGUGAAGAAGCUGGAGGUUUCCAUUUUGGUAUUGGGCCAAAAGAAGCCCUCUCCGCUUCUUAGCUGCCUGUGUGGAAACAAAAGUAUAAGCAGCUCAGAGGAGUUUGCUGAGCACUGCAUCAACAAUGCAGAUUGCUUGGCAAUAGGAGUGAGGAAGAGAAGUCAAGGCAACAAUGGCUACCUAAUCAGCACAAGGUUGCAGAAGAACUUCUGGCUACUGGCAUAG